AUGGGACCUAGAGACGAGUCCGAGCUAUUUCUCAAAGAUCCUCACCAGACACCAAAACAAAUAAGUGAUCCUGAAAGCCGAAAUAUAUUCCGCCACCGGACAAAUUUAAAUCUUUGGUUCCUCUCAUCUCACAGUCUGGUUUUUAUUUUCACCUCCUUGCUCUGGGGAAGCCUUUUCUACACUAUGGACCUCUCUCUACAAAGUCGCAAAUCUAUCAAGCCAAUCGAUGAGACGAAGCCGCUCGGGAACAUCACCACAAAAGCGAAGCUCUUAACCUGUGGCUGGACCCCAGAAGAGGCUAAGGCCCUGGGCUGUCAGUAUGAUAUUUUAAGCAAUCACUGGGUGCCGGGGCUUUGCAUGGAUCAAAAAGCCGUCGAGGAAUAUCAGACCGAUGAAUCAUGGUUUGGAUUUGCAGACGAAAACAGAACGGAGCUCUUGAGUAUAGACACUAUGUCUGAGAUGAAGUACUAUUAUACAUCUGAAAGAGACCAUAUUGUUCAUUGCGCCAUGUUGUGGAGGAAGCAGUUCAGAGCGUUCUUUGAAGAACGGGACAAUCUUGACACAAUCAUUGCAGACAGCGAGCAUACAAUGCAUUGCUCUCAAUUUCUGAUGGAUAUGUCAGAUAAGGGCCCAGAUUAUAGGAACAUGCCGAUAAAGACGUGGGUGGGAUAUGCUGGUUGUUGGGUGAAGGAGUAG